AUGGUCCUCACGGUCCACAUACGACACAUGGUCCUCACGGUCCACAUACGACACAUGGUCCUCACGGUCCACAUAGGACACAUGGUCCUCACGGUCCACAUAGAACACACGAUCCUCACGGUCCACAUAGGAAACACGGUCCACUCAGGAAACACGGUCCUCACGGUCCACAUAGGACACACGGUCCUCACGGUCCACAUAGGACACACGGUCCUCACGGUCCACAUAGUCCUCACGGUCCACACAGGAAACAUGGUCCUCCGGCCUCCCUCCCCAGGCUGCUCCUCCCACAGCCUCCCUCCCCAGGCUGCUCCUCCCACAGCCUCCCUCCCCAGGCUGCUCCUCCCACAGCCUCCCUCCCCAGGCUGCUCCUCCCACAGCCUCCCUCACCCCUCCCCACAGCCUCCUCCCUCCCCAGGCUGCUCCUCCCACAGCCUCCCUCCCCCCUCCCCUCUGCCUCCCUCACCCCUCCCCUCUGCCUCCCUCUCUCUCCCUCCCUCUCUCUCCCUCCCCAGGCUGCUCCUCCCACAGCCUCCCUCCCCCUCCCCUCUGCCUCCCUCACCCCUCCCCUCUGCCUCCCUCCCCCCUCCCCACAGCCUCCCUCACCCCUCCCCUCUGCCUCCCUCACCCCUCCCCUCUGCCUCCCUCCCCCCUCCCCUCUGCCUCCCUCUCCCUCCCUCCCUCUCCCUCCCUCCCCCUUCUGUCUCCACUCUGUCAGAUGAAGCAGCCUGA